CAGGUGUUAUAACUUCAAGAAAUGCUGUGACCUACUUGAAGAAGAUAAUUCAUAGGAACUUUUGUCUUGUGAUAAUUAUUUAUAACUAGAAUGGCUUUGAAAAAACUGCCUAAACUUCUCAAGAAAUUUUUUUUUCACUGGAAACUUUGGAAGUUUAGCAUCAUUGUGUUUGUCUUUCUGGUAUUUUUAUUUUUAUUACAAAAAGAAGUAGGUGUUCAAGAUUUUAAAGAUGAAGCAGGGAUUGAGCCAGUUGUUGGAAAGAAAAGUCACGUGUUAGGUCUCGUGCUAAAUGCUAUGAACAAUAUCAAAGGUGCAAAGCCAAAAAUGCAGAUAAAAGCACCCGUUAGGCAAACUAAGAUUCCUGGAGAGAGACACUGUUUGCCAGGAUACUAUACUGCAGUGGAACUAAAACCCUUUCUAGACAGACCACUUCAAGAUCCUAAUGCACCUGGAGCUUCUGGUAAAGCAUUUAAAACCAUCAACUUAAAUUCAGAAGAACAGAAGGAAAAACAGCGUGGAGAAGAAAAACAUUGUUUUAAUGCAUUUGCAAGUGAUAGGAUAUCUUUACACCGAGAUCUUGGACCAGACACUCGACCUCCUGAAUGUAUUGAACAAAAGUUUAAGCGUUGCCCGCCAUUGCCAACCACAAGUAUUGUAAUAGUUUUUCAUAAUGAAGCAUGGUCCACUCUGCUCAGAACUGUUCACAGCGUGAUGUAUACAUCUCCUGCAAUAUUGCUAAAGGAGAUUAUUUUGGUGGAUGACGCCAGUGUAGAUGAAUACUUACAUGAUAAACUAGAUGAAUAUGUCAAACAAUUUCAAAUAGUUAAAGUAGUCCGUCAAAAGGAAAGAAAAGGUCUAAUCACUGCACGGUUGCUGGGAGCUUCAGUAGCAACAGGAGAGACCCUUACCUUUCUGGAUGCUCAUUGUGAAUGCUUCUAUGGCUGGUUGGAGCCAUUACUGGCAAGAAUAGCUGAGAACCCUGUAGCUGUUGUAAGCCCUGAUAUUGCUUCUAUAGAUCUCAACACUUUUGAAUUCAGUAAGCCAUCUCCUUAUGGGCAUAGCCACAACAGAGGAAAUUUUGAUUGGAGUUUGUCAUUUGGAUGGGAGUCUCUUCCUAAACAUGAAAAUAAAAGAAGAAAAGAUGAAACCUAUCCAAUUAGAACACCUACUUUUGCUGGAGGUCUCUUUUCAAUAUCAAAAGACUACUUUGAGCACAUUGGAAGCUAUGAUGAAGAAAUGGAAAUAUGGGGAGGUGAAAAUAUAGAAAUGUCUUUCAGAGUAUGGCAAUGUGGUGGACAGUUGGAGAUCAUGCCUUGCUCUGUUGUUGGCCAUGUCUUUCGCAGCAAGAGUCCCCAUACUUUCCCAAAAGGUACUCAAGUGAUCACACGUAAUCAAGUCCGCCUUGCAGAAGUGUGGAUGGAUGAAUAUAAAGAAAUAUUUUAUCGAAGAAACACAGAGGCAGCAAAAAUUGUGAAACAAAAAACAUUUGGAGACAUCUCAAAAAGACUUGACUUAAGGCAGCGUCUGCAGUGUAAAAAUUUUACCUGGUAUCUCAAUAAUAUUUAUCCAGAAGCAUACGUGCCAGACCUGAAUCCUUUGUUUUCUGGAUAUUUAAAAAAUCUAGGUAAUCGCAUGUGUCUGGAUGUUGGUGAAAAUAACCAUGGUGGCAAACCAUUGAUUAUGUAUUCUUGUCAUGGACUUGGAGGAAAUCAGUACUUUGAAUAUUCUGCACACCAUGAAAUUCGACAUAACAUUCAGAAGGAGCUUUGCCUGUAUGCUUCUAAAGGACCUGUGCAGCUUCGUGAAUGUAACUAUAAAGGCCAGAAAACCUUUGCUGUUGGAGAAGAGCAAUGGCUGCAUCAAAAGGAUCAAACUCUGUACAAUGCAGCACUACAUAUGUGCCUUACAGGAAAUGGAGAGCAUCCAAGUUUGGCAUCCUGUAAUCCAUCAGACCCCUUCCAGAAAUGGAUCUUUGGCCAGAACAAUUGAGACUUGAUAUUUAUAGGCAGGAACAUUUUAUUAAAAGAUCCAUUCUAAACUGUGAUUCAUAUAUGUGUACUGCAUUUUUAAGUGAUGCAAAAUGUUUAAGCAGUUUCUUUUCCCUUUUAUUUAAGUUGGAUAUAAAAUCUGUCAUCGCAGAUUCCCCAGGAGUCUGUUAUACCAAAGAUGAUGAGAUCCCAAUUAAGAAAAAUGUUUACA